CCAAUGUCAAUGUACUAUCUUGCUCAGGGCUGCACAUUCCUGCUGGCAGGCUCUUUAGCAGACGUCCUAGGAAGCAGGAGAACAUUUCUGUCUGGAUGCUUUCUACAGACUGUUUGCCAUCUGGUUAGCGGACUGGCCCGGACUGGCGCGCAGCUUAUUGUUGUCAGAUUUAUAUCCGGCAUAGCUUACCCAAUGUGUUUCAUCUCCGCAAUGAGCAUUCACGUGGAGAAUCUUCCAAUUGGGAAGUUACGCAAUUUCGCAUUUUCCUGCACGAGUGCAAGUCAAUAUAUCGGAUCUGGAGUAGGCAUCAUCCUUAGUGGAAUGCUCUCGGAGACUGCUGGUUGGCGAUGGGGCUUUCAUUGCGCUGCAAUUUUAAGCCUAUUGGGGUUUCUAGUAUCAAUUUGGACGAUUCCCCAACAGCCCCACGAACCAGAAUCUAUUCCAUGGACAGAGCUGGCUGAAGAUAUGGAGUGGUCUGGAACUUUGCUCGCAAGUUCAUUGACCGCGCUCCUAUUCUCUGCACUAGCUGUCAUCACAAACAAUGUAGCAAACAUUGGCAGAUCGGGCCUCUUCGUUCCUCUUGCUCUUUCUUGGAUCCUCCUUGUCGCCUUCCUAUUCUGGCAUGAUUGUUGGGAAAGAGACAGCACACAGCGCAUUCAGAAUUCUCUUUGGGCAAACUACCAUUUCCUCUCCAUGUGUCUAGUUGUUUUCUUCGUCUACACAUCUUCUCACUCUACGUCACAGCUUAUGAUCUUCGUAUUCCAACGAGCACAAGGGCUUUCGGUUCUACAAUCUUCUUGGCGAUAUCUGGCAAUCCCUAUCGCCGGCGCCCUGAGCAGUCUGCUCACUGGACAUUUCUUAUCUCGUGUUGAAGCCAACAAUAUCCUCAUCAUUGCAAUAGUGCUCUCUAGUCUCUCUCCACUCUUGAUGGCUACAUUGAGCCUAGCUUCGCCUUACUGGGAAUGUGCAUUGCCCGCUGUUUCAUUGAACCCGGUGGCAUCAAAUUCGGUUAUCCCAAUUGCCACAAUGAUGGUUGCUGUGUUUUUUUCUCCAGAAACUCAGGGGCUUGCAAUGGGAGUACUAUGCACUGUGGCAAUGGUUGGAGCCUCUGUGGGCAUGGCACUGACUGCGCUUAUUUCAAACGAUGUCAGUACACAGCUACUCCAGACCCCCGACCGAAGUACUUCUUUACACGAAUCCCCAGAGACAUGGAUGGGCGGCUAUCGGGCUGCAUUCUUGUUCUUGUUCUCACUGAACUUGGUCGGCUUGGCCAUCACUCUUGGCUGUUUGCGAAAACUGGGAUACUUAGGUCGAAAAUUAGAUAUAGGCCAUUAG